AUGACAGCGAAGCAAAUGCAUGCCAAUUAUCAAGCGUACGCCUUCCAAGACCUGAUCACUUCUGUAUUCAUCGAGUCAACGGUGACGUUAGCGCCCUUCUCAAUACAAGCCACCACACAAGCUUUCUGUGGAAACCUACGCGUGAGGCUAAGGAAAAUGGAUUUGUGGAAAGACAUGGUUAAAUCAAACGAGAUCCCCACGGAUGAUGCAGAGAAAUUAAAAUACAAUGCAGAGCGGGUUGUCUGCUCCGCCAUCGUCCAGGAGUAUCAUGUGAUGAUCCAAGAAGGACUCGAGUAUUCUUAUGUGACAACUGGAAUUGCCCGUGUCCUCCUCCGUGUUCUCUACGACAACCUCAGCACAUUGUACUACUUUCUCUGUGACCCAAACAGAGAAAUUGAUGGAGAAAUUGACCAGACUCUCCAAUAUUCGAAGACCUUAAUCGCCCGGGUACUGUGUCUGUGCUUGAUGGCAUUCCGUUCCUCUGUGCGACAUCAGGAAUGGAGACAUGCAACGCGGUCACAGCUUCCUCUUUGGAGAAUUGGUUUCGAACAUACUAGGUCUCAGAUUCCCAAGAAACCCUUCAAACUUACAUGCACCAUAUAUGGCUACACUGUCCUCGGAAAGGGAACCACAGCUGGACUGUGGAAAGAAGUCUCCCGCGAAGCACAGGUAUACCAAAUCUUACGAAAGGCUCAAGGAUCGGCUGUGCCUGUUUUCCUCGGUACUAUCGACUUGGCAAAAAUUUACUUUCUCCAUGGGGCUGGAGAGAUUCGCCACCUGCUCGUCAUGGGCUGGGGAGGCGAAAGUACAUCGUCCAUGGAACUGAAGCUGUCGCUUUUGCAGGAGAUUGGCAGGUUGAAUAAGGAAACACAAGCUUUGGGAAUCAUUCAUGACGAUUUCCGCCGUGAGAACAUUCUUUGGAAUGAAGAGGUCGGACGGGCGUUGAUUAUCGACUUCCACCGCUCUAUGUUGAAAAAAAGUCGGCCUACUUCAAAACGAUUACGAGCAGUCAAGAGACAGCCGUGUCCAGCAGCGUCAGAAGAUGUAAAGCGGAAACGCGUUUUGUGA